GGGUGUUUGGGUCGAGUAUACACACCUGUAUAGUGGCCAACAGACAUAACUCAACUCAACAAAAACCCAUUUCAGUCCCGUGAGAAGGGUCAACGAAGCAGCACCGAAGAGUGAUUAACUAGCGCACAGAGAGUGAGAAGAACUGAGUGAGGGAUUUUUUUUUCAUUACGUUUUGCGCAAGAACAGUUAUUCGAGAGGAAAUGGCCCGUUACUUCAAGGAACAAGACAUCGAUGAGUUUCGCGAGUGUUUCUAUCUGUUUGCCCGAAGUGGCCACAUUACGUCGCUGGACGAGCUGACUGUGAUCUUCAGGUCCCUCGGGUUGUCUCCGACCAUUAACGAGCUGACGUCGUAUCUGAAAAAUAAAAAUGGUCGGAUGAGUUUUGCCGAUUUUCUGGAGGUGAUUCACAUGCACUCCCGGGUUGAGAACCUACCGGAGGAGGUGAUUGCGGCGUUUAAGGCCGGAGACAAGGGUGGCCGGGGCCACAUUCCGGCUAGGCAGCUGCGCCAUCUGCUGCAGAACUGGGGCGAAGGGUUAUCCUUCCGGGAGGUGGACAACAUUUUCCGCGAGGCGAACGUGUCCAACAACGGCCAGGUGCGGUACGCCGACUUUGUCCGUGUGGCAUGCGCCCCCGUUCCGGAUUACUACUAAAGAGUCGUUCGCUGCGCCAAAGGCACCUCCGAACAACAACAACAUCCGUUUCAGCCCGUACUUGAUUUUAAAUUAAUUAUGCUGCAUAUACUUAAUACUGAUUUAAAAAGCGCGCAAAAAAAACUUUGUUUCGAAAAAAAAUUAAAAAAAAAUGCGACAAAAACAGAAGCGACCACCGCACUUUAUCUCCUGAUUUAUUUGCAGUGCCUUGUGCAAGGACCUUACACCUCCUGCCCUCUUUUUGUCCCUGAUGUUCUAUAUUUUAUAUAUAAUUCUAUAUUUUAAUUAUAAUUACGCGUCACGUAAACGAAAGAGUGCAUUAAUGGGGCGGCAGCACCCCCGAACAGAAGCUAAUUUUGAUGCAUUGAAUGCAAUUAUUUCACACGCACACAGUUAAUUUAUUCUACCCUUUUCCUGUCGCUAUUUAGCGGAUGCUACACGCAUAAUGUGUCAGCAUUAAAUUCUAAUUAAUUUAUAAAUUUUGCAGUAUUUGACGAUCAAAGUGCUUUUAGCUUGCGCAUUUGCGUUCGAUUUUUAUUUUAUAAUCAAAUAAAUUACCAAAACAAACAAA